CUUGGCUGUUCUAUUACACAAGCAAUACUGCCUGCCAGCCAGCCGGGUAGCCCCACCUGGUUUUGUUUCUCUAGCAUCUGCCUGUGUCCUGCUCAAUGCCACACUGUCAUACUUAAGCCACCUGCUUUUUCAUGUGCUGAAGACUUAUUGCAGCCAGGCCAACUGUGAUAUUUUAUUCCCCACCUGUAAACACCUGUUAGUUCUGAAGAUUCCUCCUACUAAAACCAGUGUCAACAAAGGCUACCAUGCUGACCUUAGCCCAGAUCGCGGUGAUUUUGAGUCUGUUCAUUUCAUUACCAUUUGGGAGGCCUCAGAAACAAAAUCCAAGAAGAAAUGUAACUCAGCACACUAUAGAAGAUGUGAAAACAAUGAGAAACAAAUCCAUUCAUUUGGAAAGAAGCGUAAAUAUAACUUCAGAGAAUGGAAGUGAUAUCUCCAACCUCAUCGUGACAGCUCCUUCUCUUUUGGACUUAUCCACAACCUACAAAACAACAAAUUCCACCAGAAACUGGCCAACAGCUAGCUCAGCUGUGAAUCCAAGACCCUCCUCCACAUAUUCCAUUCCUCCCUUGGUUCAGAAUUCAUCCACCGCAUAUGUAAAUCCUUUACAGGGCUCAGAACAUUCCAAUUCUACACAUUCUCCAUCAUCAGAAAACUUUACUUGGUCUUUGGACAAUGACACAAUGAACAGCCCUGAAGAUUUUUCAAGUACAGCACGACCCUUCCCUCCACCUGCAAAGACCACAUCUGUGACCCCUUUCACAAGUGAACCUACUACUGGAUGGCUUCCCAUAAACAAUGACAACUUUGCUGGUUUUACCCCAUAUCAAGAAAAGACAACUUUACAGCCCACCUUAAAAUUCACCAAUAAUUCAAAACUUUUCCCGAAUACAUCAGACACCCCAAAAGAGAAUAAGAACACAGGAAUAGUGUUUGGAGCCAUUUUAGGAGCUAUCCUGGGUGCUUCACUGCUUAGUCUUGUUGGCUACUUAUUGUGUGGACAACGGAAAACAGAUUCAUUUUCCCAUCAGCGACUUUAUGAUGACAGAAAUGAACCAGUUCUGCGAUUAGACAGUGCACCAGAACCUUAUGAUGUCAAUUUUGGAAAUUCUAGUUACUACAACCCAACUGUGAGUGAUCCAUCCAUGCCAGAAGGUGGAGAAAGCGUGCAUGACGGCAUUCCCAUGGAUGCUAUACCUUCACUUCGCACUGCGAUAUAAAACUGGGAGAAAGAUGGCUGCCAAGGGCAAGAAUUCAUCUCUAUUUUGACCUUUCAUCAUUCAAGAGGUUGUGCAAGAUCACUGUUGUGCUUCUUGCACAGGGAACGGCUGAAGAAGGAGGAGUUGUACAAAAAAAAAAAAGCAUGGUGGAUUGGUCAUCCACAAGCUUUCUGUUCUUACAGUCUUCAGCUGGGCAGAAGCAUGUGUUAUAUAACCAUAAUUUGUAUUUUGGUUUAUUUUCCAAGGAAACCUUUGUGGAGUAAGGUAAAAUUAAUGCACAUCACCAUGGUAGCACUGACUGAUAACAAUAACCGUUCUUCACACAAAACCAGGGGAACAAAACUAGGUUUUCUUUAAAUAGUUUGUUUUUAAACAAGAAACCAGAGUUAACUCUUUAUUCCUCUUGUCUAUAAUCCAGGACUAUAGAAUUAAACAAGCAUUUUCUUGGGGACAUAGUUUGGAUGAUAAUUUUUUGCUGGUUUGUUUCAAAGCCAGAAAUAUGAUAUGGCAGAAUUUUUGGUCCUGAGAAAUUAAGGCAAUAAGAACGAAAAACUUGUCUUCUAAUACAUUUCACCCUUCUACAGUAUCACACAUGGUCAAUCCCUGUGGCUUCCAUGUUGACAAUGGGGGCAUUCAACAGGGCCACAGGAGGAAAACUGACUCUAGCCAGGAAACUGAUAUCUUCCCUGAAAGUCCUCAACGUUUUAAGAAACUUCAGCUUGCAUGACUACACAUCAGGUUUCAGUUAAUUAGGCACCUUAAAAUCUCAAUUGGAAACAUGAGGAAAAGGCUGAAGAAUAUACUUGUACAUAGUACGAAUUUAACUUCUUAGCUAGAAAUAGAAUUUGCAGGACAUAAUAGAUGUUUAUUCAGACAUAUGUGAAAUAUCUGUCCCUCUAAAGUCAUGAAGCAUAGGGCAAAACAGGAGAGAGAGUUAGAAAGCAAACACAUCCUCACUUAAAGAAGUAAUGACACAAGAGACUUAAUUCUGGUUUUAGUUUGUUUUCGAUCAACACCUGUCUUUUGACAGUCUGAGCCUCAAAGAUUAGAGGAUUAAAUAGAGCUAAAUUCCCAAGGAGUGAAUGAAUAAACAAAGCAAGUACUAUCUUAGAGGUUUAUUGUUGAAUCAACACAUGGUAUGAGUGGCACUUUGUGGUGUGUGUGUAUGUGUAUGUGUGUGUGUCACAGGAAACAUUGUUACAAAGUCAGAGUUGUAAAAUGAGUAGUGAAAGAAAAUACUCACCCCAAAUUGCCAUAAAAAUAGCGAAGAAAACUGUCCCUCCAUUAUCGAACAAAUAUGUUACCUUAGUAGAAAAAAUAUAAACAUUAAUCAUAUUAAGUUGUACUAAAAUAUAAGUUCUUGUUUGCCUUAGGUACUGUGGUUUCUUUCUCCCCAGGUUCUAUCACAAUGUUGUAUAGUCUGUUCACCUAUUCACCUGGGACCUUCACCAGUCUUCCAGUAGUUUAUGUAGUGUCCUUACAUGAAGAGAUGAGGAAACCACAGAUUUUCUUUUUUCUCUCUUCCCUCUGAUUCCUUUGCAUCCCACUUUCAUUUUGGCUUUUAAGUUGUUCUAGAAGCUGUUUCACAUUACAGUCGAACACACUAACAUUGUGAAAUGUAAGAAGUUAGUGUUAAAGUUAAAACAUAACACAUUUUGUUUCAUGUUGUUUCCUAUUAGAGAAUGUUCCCAAAACAGUGAAGUUAUAAAACACACAACUUGGGUAGUGAGAGAGCUUCUACAAUUGAAAGCUGUCAUAGUAAUUCCUGAUCUUUGAUGCUUGCAAAAUGUGCCAGGGGUCCAGUAGUGAUUUAUUUCAUAUAAUGAGUUUCAUCUUAAGUUGUUUGAAGAUGUUUCAUAAAUCAUUAAGCAUAUUUUAAUGAGCUGUUACCUUAUAUAAAACUUGAUAAAGUAUGUAAAGUUAUUCAAUGUUAUAUAAUUUUUAGAAUUGCAAGGAUUGAUAAAUUUUAAUAAAAUUCAGAUUUAAUAAAGUCUGAUUUAU